CCCCUCCACCGACCCCCCCCCCCUGAGGGUAAGUAGCUGCAGCGGCCCGGCACGGCACAGCACGGCACCUCCUCCUCCGGCUGUGACCAUGGCGCGGACCGGGUUCUGCGAGUCCAAACCCCUGCUGGACUUUCACAAGAAGGCGGAUGAGAGGCGAGCCCCGCUCAGAACCUGGUCCAAUGCCUGUGGGCCCGUCGAUCGCUGCCAGCCCGUCGAAGUAGAAGAGUCCAAGGCGGCCCCCGUCAAAAUGGAGCCGGAGCGCAGAUGGGAAAGGAGGUUAUCGGCGCAGACGAGCGACGGCAUCCUCAUGGGCUUCCAUGACGACAGUUUAACACAAUCAGCUGAUGGGUGUGUGGAGGAGCGCAUGCUGCUCUUCCCUCACGGGCUGCAGGGUCUCCACAGCCUCCAGGCGCUGGUGCCCAACUUGCUGCGCCACGAGGUGGAGACGGCAAUGGAGCAACUGGACUUCACCUGGGACCGGGCGUACGCCUGGGAUAUGUUCUUGGACAUGAUGAGAACUCAGACACGAAACUCAUUUCCCAACGCGGACCUGCUGUCUCAUUUCACAGACGCCACUCGUUCUGUCCUGGUAGACUGGCUCAUUCAAGUACAUGAGAUGAUGCAUUUUCAGGAAGAGACCCUCUACCUGGGCAUACACCUCCUCAACCGCUCCCUGCGUGAGGUCAAGGUCUCCACGGUCAACCUGCAGCUUCUCGGCAUGGUUUGCCUCUUUCUCGCCGCGAAGAAGGAAGAGUGUCUCCUUCCUGAGGUGUCCGGACUCUGCUACUUGAUGGACCACACCUACACUAAGCACCAGCUGCUGCGGAUGGAGCGCAAGGUCCUUUUCGGGCUCAAGUUUGAUUUGUCCUACUGCCCUCCUCUGCACUUCCUCCUCCUCCUCGCCUCGGUGGCUCGCUGCAGUGCCAAGGCGGUGUGGAUGGCUCGCUAUCUGCUGGAGCUGUCUCUCCUGGAGGGCCAGUGUGUGGUGUUUCUGCCUGUGCAGCUGGCGGGGGCGGCCCUCUUCCUGUCCCGCCAAGUUCUGCAGGAGCCCCCAACGCCGGGAGGGGAGGCCGCGUGGUGUCUGGCCGCCAGUGUCAAUGUCGGCAGUGAGGCCGCCAUGGUCCAGAUCAUGCACAUUCUGGCCAGUGCUGCAUCCAAGGCCCACACCAGAGAGACCUGCGCUACUUUUAUUAAAUUCUCCUCCCCAGAGACCAUGCAGGUCAGCAGACACCCUGGUCUGAAGACCGCCGCUGGUCUGCUGGGUUUAUGCACUUGACAUUCCUGAAUCGCAGGAACUUGAUUAUACGCUUAAAGCUUCAAAGUUAGAGAUCCCAGACCCGGAUGGCUUGAGGUCUCGACUCCGGCGCGGUCCAGGCCUCUGAACCAGGGAUGUAAACUCGUUGCUGUGGAUCCUGAAGAGUUACCGUGGAAUCGGGUGAGGAAGAAGUGUGAGAGAUGUUAGUACGAAACGUUGUUUGACAAAGGAUUGUAUGUGAUUUAGCUAACCCAGUGGCACACCUGUUUUAUGAUCUUAUCUUGCAGCCGAUUUAGAAAAUAUUUGAAUUGUAUUGAUGUGUCCUUAUCUUGUCAUUUGUGAAAAGGAUGUGGGCUGUCUAUCAAGUUAUUAUAAAAAUUUUAAUGUAAAAAUAAAGUGUCUGCUGCCAAGUUUAAAA